GGUGAGUGGUGAGCCACUUCUUAUGUCCUUCUCCUUCCAAAAUUCCCCAAACUCACUCCAACAACCGAAGAUCACUGAUUGUGAACAGCAAGAAGAACACCAGCAAUCUCACAUACCCAAAUUACCCUCAUCCUCAUUCCUAAUUCACCUAAAUGCCACGACUCGCCGGUCUGAUCUCCGACCGCCACUCGUCGGCUCCUCUAUCAGACUACUACUCCAAGUCUGAAAAGAACAAAAGACCCAUCUCUCUCCCUCCCCACCCUCGCUUUCCUCUACCAAUUAUCGUCUUUUCUACGCUCUGCUUCCUCAUCGGCGUCGCCGGAGUGAUUUUCUCUCUCUUUACUGUCCUUCGACACAAACCCAUCCCAAUCUUCCGCUGUGGCCGUACGGAAGACACUUUCCGAGCAUUCUACUCACUACCGAGCACUCGGCGUCUCCGUGGCGGCGACACUGGGACUGGUGGUGGUGUCGUUGAUCGGCCGAAGCUUCUUGGGUUCGUCGGAAUUCAGACUGGGUUUUCGUCUAAUGAUCGCCGAGCGGCGUUGAGGAGUACUUGGUUUCCCUCUGAUCCUGAGGGUCUUCUCGGGUUGGAGCAAGCUACAGGUUUAGCUUUUAGAUUUGUAAUUGGAAGAUCAAAAGAUGCAAAGAAGAUGGCAGAGCUUGAGAGGGAGAUUGAGAAGUACAAAGAUUUUAUGAUUAUAGACGUUGAGGAACAAUAUCUGAAGCUGCCAUACAAAACGUUGGCAUUUUUCAAAGCUGCCUUUGAGCUAUUUGAAGCAGAUUAUUAUGUUAAAGCUGAUGAUGACAUUUAUUUGCGCCCUGAUCGACUAGCAACUCUUCUGGCCAAGGAGAGAACCCAUUCACUGACUUACAUUGGAUGCAUGAAGAAAGGACCCGUGAUUACUGACCCCAAACUGAAAUGGUUUGAGAAAUCAGGACAUCUAAUUGGAAGUGAAUACUUCUUGCAUGCUUAUGGUCCUAUCUAUGUUCUUUCUGCAGAAGUUGUAGCAUCGUUGGCAAUUGCUAGAAAUAACAGUUUGAGAAUGUUUAGCAAUGAAGAUGUCACCAUUGGAUCAUGGAUGCUAGCUAUGAAUGUCCAUCAUGAGGAUAACCGAGCAAUAUGUGAUCCUCGAUGCACACCCACAUCUAUAGCAGUUUGGGACAUCCCAAAGUGUUCAGGUUUAUGCAACCCAGCUACUAAAAUGAAGGAGCUUCACAAGAUCAGUAUGUGUUCCAAAAGUCCGACAUUGCCCCCUGAUGAUCGGUAAUAUAUGUUGGCAUAAGUUGCUCUGCAUAUGUGCACUGAUUUUUUGGUAGACGGCUUGUUGGCGAAAGAGCAAUUGGGUUUUGAAGGGUACACGCAGAAGAGGUACCUUUUUUUUGAUGCAUCAAUUUGAAUUUGGCUGUACAGUGUUAGUAUUCCAGUUAAGCAUUGUUUGCUUGUAAGCCUUUUAGUCAGGAGACACUUCUUUUUACAGAAAAUAAAAAAAAAACAAAAUGAUGUCAUUGAAUUUGUAAAAUAUAGUAUAAUAAGAAUAUAUAGAAAAUACUCCACUGGUCCGUCGUCUGGAAAAGAAUGUCUGAGAACUUAACUAAUGGAAGAUCAGUUUUAUAGUACUGAUUAUUUAAGGAGAAAUGUAGAAGUUUUGUACAUAUGAGAUUACUCUAUGUUGUGGAUUUUAUCAUAAUAAACAUGUCUAUAUUUUU